UUAAUAGUCGGCAGUAUUCAUAACUAUAUUUCAGUUUGUUUGCCGAUAAUCUUUCAGUUUUGAGUAAGCUUAUUUAAUGAUUGUUAUUUUAGCAUGAAAAAUGUGCGGUCUCUACGCAUUCGAAGUGAGGACGCAUCUUAUAAGCAAAGGCUAUCGACCUUCCUACGGUUACUUGAAGUAACUGUUCUGUUGAUGGAAAUAACUUAGGAGCUCUCAGAACUGCGCAGGUACAGCAACGGAGACAUUUACGCGCCGGUUACUUGGCUUAUAGUACUUAUUAUAAUUUAAAAUAUUUCUAGAAUGAAGAGUGAAUUAAUUUUUGUAAUAGUCUUAGCAGUGAUGAAAUGCGUCAUGUGUACGCAUUACGAUCAAAGUCAAUCGGGCGAUUUUAAUGUUCAAGUUGGACUAAAGGACUUACAGAUCAUAGCACUUUUGAAUGGCGGCAAAGAAGAAUAUGUGGAUUAUGACUAUGCGUAUGAUUACAAUGAAAUGACAAUCAAACCGCAGAACCGGACGACCCCGAGACCAUUAAACGCUUCAACCGGUACUGAGCCUAACUCUGUGAGUAAUAAUAAGACGACAGUACCGGCAUUGCAUGAUCAAACAGAACCACCAACCAGAGCUCCUAUCACAGGAUUGUAUGAACCAUCGACAGACGUGACCGUUAUCGACAAUAAUACAACUACAAAAAACGCCAUUGAGGCUUCAUCAGAAACACCUUUGAAUACAAUCGCUUCUCCAAACUCAACGACGAAUGGUAAAAAAUGCAAAAAAGGUUUCGUUUUAAAUUAUAAAGGCGACUGUGAAUUAAAAUUGCAGAGCACGGGCAACGCCUUGUUAAAAUUAGUAAAAUUAUCACAAAAACUUAAAUUAAGAAGAGAAAAUAAAGAAGACUAAUAAUAAUAAUGGAAUUUGGAGGGUUGUUUAGAUUGGAAGAAGUACUUAAAUACAGCUUAUUGUAACAACAUGUAUUAAAUAUGUAAUGAUUUA